ACUUUAGAAUAGCGUCGUCGUCCAUGUUGUGGACGUCUGGCUUUUUAUGAGUGCCGGUGUGCGUCGUUAGCAUGCUAUAUGAUAACCGAUCUCACUGAGGAUUUGUUAUUAAAAAUGGACACCGAGCUCCUAGCCUUAACAGGAGGUUUAAUGGAAAUCAAGCAGGAGAUCGACCGAAGUUUCCUCGCGGACAACAUGUUUUCUCAAGAGGACUACAACUAUAUCUUCAAAGAUAUGAGUGAUGAUGAUGUUUAUGGACACAUUCUCCAUUCCUCUACACCUGAAUUCGGUGGAUCACAGAGUGACAAAGCCUUCAGCUUUAAUGAAUGUAACCUGUCCUCAACUGACAUAAAAAUGGAGCCUUGCUCCCGGGAGUCUCCAUGCAGCUAUCCGGACCCAGACACAUUUCUUAAUAAUAUCCAUGCAUCUGACCCAAUCUUAGCACCAGGCCCAACCUCAGUGCCUGACACACCUCCUGACACCCCACCUACGCAGAGCGGCUCUAGCACUCCUCCACAUCUACUGGAUUGCCCAGGGUACUUUCUAGCUGUCUCAGCUGCUUCCAUUGCAUCAAAGCCAACCUCAGCACAGUUACCUGCGACACCAGCACGUGUGGUACCUUCUGUGGUCCCAGUAUCAUCGCCACCAAGGUCGGCAGGGGAAAGAGCACAACGGACACUGAUGCUGACUCAGGAUGAGUUUAACCAGCUGACAGCACAAGGAGUGCUCACCAUUAAGACACCAUCAACUGGCAGUAGCAGUGUCAAGACAGCAGCUAUGGCGCCCAAGAUUGUAACCCCGCAUCCGAUACCAAAAGUGGCUAAGGUGACUAUUCCUUCCCUCAAGACUGUGGUUCCUGCAGCCAGCCUCAGUAGUGUUCCGCCUGCGGCUUUGCCCAUUGUCAAGACCGAACCUGUCACAGUCUCCAAUCCCGCUGUCAUCUAUGGACCUUCACCCACACUGUUGCAACAGCUUAAUGACAGCAAAGCACUAAAAAGGCAACAGAGGAUGAUCAAAAACAGGGAGUCUGCCUGCCUAUCACGAAAAAAGAGGAAAGAGUAUCUCCAGAAGCUGGAGCUUGAAGUGCGGGAGUUGGCCAGUGAGAAUGCCAGGUUGAGAGAUGAGAACACUCACCUUCGUCACAGAGUAGCCCAGCUAGAAUCGGAGGCAAAAAGAAGGCUGCCAUCCUCCAAUAUUAAGAAAACCACUGCUGUCAUGGCUAUCAUGUUUAUGCUGACAUUCAAUCUUGCUCCAUUCAGUGGCCUGUUUCGCAGCUCAGUGCCAAGCGGCAGUGAUCCACCAGUGCUCCCAGCAGCGCAGAAUACACGGUGGGGGCGCCACCUGCUCUGGUCUCAGUCUGACCUGCCUAUCGAGAGUACCAACUUUGUGCCGGAGCUGCAGCCAUCAGUGUCCGAUACUGGGGAUCUUCCUGCAAGCAAUGGCGGUGACCAGUCGGCAGAAUUUUUGGGUGCCCUGGAUGCUCACAGCAAUGCACGCAAUGGGUCCUUCAAGUGUCCAUCCUCCAUCAACCAGACUGAGUCCCUCAGACUGCAGAGCCAGCUGCGUGGCUGGGCUAACCAUGUGGAGCACAUGAACCUACGAUUGACAGAGCAACGCAAGAAGCCCUCCCUACCACAGCAACCGCUGGUCCGAAAGCCUCGCCUGCAGACCUGGAUUAGUACUCGGUAUGGCAGCGGCAGCAGCGGAGUCUAUGCCGAGAAGUGGGAAGCCACCAGAGGUGAAGACUACUUCCAGCUUUACCAGGCAUUGCGGAGAAGUUAUGAAGAACUCUACGAGGCAAUCCAGAGGAAAGAUGACACAUUCUACUUCGUCUCAUUCUCUGGGGACUAUCUUCUACUAUCAGCAAACUCUGAAAAUAGGACCAGAAUGCCAAGAAUGUCACUUGUCAUGCCUGCAGGAACAUUCAAUGAAUCUACACACAUGAUAAAGGAACAUGUGCCGAUGGUGCAAAUAGACUGUGAGGUCAUGAGUACCAAGAUCAUGUACGUCAAAGAAUCGGUCAUUCCACCCCACUUGAGGCAGCAGCAUCCCCGCAAUGCUACUCAGCCAAAGGCCACUGGAACUAAUGUAAAUGUUGCUGCAGUGCAGAUGAACGUGACAAGGCAAGAACCAAGUUCCUACCCACGAAAUAUGUCCAACCACUCAAGACACCAGCGUUUGCCACUACGAAACCAUACUCGGCGAAAUGGCCAGUAGUACCGUCGGACUGUUGUGAAGUGGCGUUUGGCAUCUUAACUUAUUUGCACGGCUCACCGAAUGCAACUGUGCUGGCCAAGACAAUGCAAACUUUCUCGCUUGGUGCUUGCACACAAACUCCGUGUGUCCUGCUCAAGCUUGUGUGCUUGAAGAACAACAUGGAGAAAAAAGGAAUUGUGUGUUCGCGCAAUGUGUGCAUGACUGAAAAUAUGGGCUGCAUAACAGUGAGGUAGAGAAUUGGGGUGCUGUGAUUUGCGACUUUAAUAGUGUUGACAGUUGCAUGCCUUGCAUAGCUUGCCUAUGGGGUUCCUGCUUUUUGUCAUUUUUUUCUUGCCAUUUCUUUCUUCCAUUGAAGUAUAUUGAACCCUCUUGCUUCACAAGCAUAUGUAUGUCAAUGGCUUGACACAACACAGAACCUUGCUGCAUCAACCCACUGACAGCUUACAUUACUGGCUGCAGUGUGCGAGUUACACACAUUGCAGUUGAAUGUCAUUUGAUAUGUUUGCACUUAAGGUCAAACUUCACGUCAAUUAUUUCAUGGAAUUUGUUGAUGUGGCAAAUUUUGCCUAACCUGCUGCAAUCCCCAUUUUGCAAGGCAUGCUGGUCUAUAUUUCCAAUUGAUAUUUCGGUACCUAUUUCAUAGUUUGUUCUGUUUACAUUAAUAUAUCAUGGAGGCCUUGCCUUUGCCUAAGACUUUGACCAGACCAUGUACAGCAUGAAAAACUGUACUUGCUAAGCAAGCAUGAGGUGCACACAUUCAUUGGGAUUAAACGUAAUUCACUAUAUUAAACCGUAUUCUCAUUUUAUAGACGUAUGUGGGAAAUAGUCAGUUUCUGGUAUUUAAUCUUCUACUAUUUCUGUUUAUUAAGCAGGCAAAUGAAAGCUGUUGCUACGAGAUAAAAAGUAAUUUAAUUUGUUGAGUUGUCUUUGUACAGGCAGGCAGCUAGCUAUGUACAAAGCAGUGGACUAUAAUUGUGUUAUCUGUGCUGAAAUGUGACGCGAUAAAACCAGUUUCUAGCUCUAAAAGUAUGAAAUUUGGUUGUAUUGCCAUCAUGCAGCAUUGUUAUCAUAUUGCCUAAAUGCGGGUGAUGUGAUUUAUUGUCUGUGUUGUGUGUAAGCGAUGCAUACUUUGAGAACACAUUCCAGGAUGACGCUCCUUUGUUGAAGGAUUGUUGUUCUAUAGCAAUAUGUGACAUAUAUAAUUUCAAAGCCUUGCCAGCCAGUGCUUUCAGUUUGUGGUGCCUGGGAACGCAAAUACUUUGAGUACAUAUAGUAAUCAGUGGAUUGUCAUGCUGCAUUACUCAGCAGUGGUUGAUUAAUGCAACUGCUGCUUAGUUCCUUGUCGUUGUUCUUCAUUCAGUGUUAACCCCUGGUGGCAACACUGAUGCCUCCCAAGAAGGCAGAAAUCUCGAAAAACAGAUUAUGUACAUAUGUAGAUAUUUCUAUUUCCACUGGCAUUUGAGGCAGUUCUUUUCCCCCGGUUUGGUGUAAUAUGUUGCCUUAGAGGCUGUAAACUCAUUAUUUCCUCACUCAAUUUGUGUACAUGCUACAGAAUUUGAGAACAUUGUAGAAUGAUUUUCACCAUGGAGACCAAGAGUGUGUUUAAAUGUGGCAUUAUGACACUAUACUUUGGUCAAUUUAUUGUGCUUUUAAGAAUAUAUAUAUAUAUAUAUAUAUAUAUAGAUAGAUAGAUAGAUAGAUAGAUAUACAUGCGCACACAGUUAUAUAUGUAUACAUCAAAGUGUUCAUAUACAAAACGCUCUUUGCUGUUGCUUGAAUAAUAUUUGUGAAGUUUCCACACGACCAAGAAAGAGUAUCAAGAAAAUUGAAAUGCAGUCAUUGGUGUUUGCUAAAUCCUGGCUUCUGUGAAGCUUUAAAUAUUAAUCAUAAUUUAAUAGUAGUAGCUAUAGGAAAAUUUAUUACCAGUGAGGCUGUGGUAGUGUGCUGAAUUUGUCAUAUGUGUGCCUGUGUGUGCUUUGUAAAUGUUUGUGUGUGUUCAUUUGGUGGGUUUUGUUAUGGCUGAGGUAGCACACGAAGAGCAUAUUCAUUUGCAGUUAUGUAACGCAUAUGCAGGCAGUGUUACUGUGUUUUAAGACCUUGUUGUCUUGCACUUAUCCUACUGCACCUUCACUGGAAAACAAAAGUAGUAUGGUCCUUGUCACUGCUAAUGUAAACAGAUGUUUUGAGUGCAAGGGCAGUUUUUAUAUAAGAUUUGUAAAAGAAAAAUAUUACAUGAUUUGAUUGUAGCGCAGUUAUUGUGAAUUCUUGUAUAGAGUUGGCUUGCCCAAGUUAGCAUGUACUUCAUAUGCAAAAACAUUAAUUCUUCAUUUAUCAAAGGCUCAUUUCAUGAAAUUAGCAUUGUGUUGUUCUGCCCAUGCUUUGAAACUGUGCAUCAUAGGUUAAAAUGACAACAGUGUGUGCGCUGUGUAUUCUUCAUUUGAUCCCUGAUGUUAUUGCAGCCGACAUUUAGUGCUGUGACUGGGUAUAUCUACACUCGUCCUGAGACUCCUGUGCUUUGAGAUUGCACUAAAUGUGAAACAUGAACUUGGCAUUUGCUCUUUUUUUUUUUUUUUUCAUAUUUCGUCAUACUCUGCCAUGUAUGUACUUCAGGUUCACUGUGGUAUUUAUUCUUUGGCACUUGAUUUAUUUUGUGUGCUCAUGCAUGUGCAAUGAUAUUUCCUAGUCCUGUGCUGUAUGAAACUAUUUCUGCACACAAAAUAAAGUUGCGUACCUUAGUACACAAA